AUGACAACGGACUCUGCGACGCCUAUACGUGAACAUUCUGUUGAGACUAUUCGCCGGAGCAGUGAGAUGCUUGGAGACCUCCGCAAAUUGAUGGUUGCUAAUAGAGGUGAAAUUGCACUUCGCGUGUUUCGUACAGCACAUGAACUAUCCAUGCGAUCCGUAGCAAUUUUUUCUCAUGAAGACAGGUUAUCUAUGCAUCGAUAUAAGGCUGAUGAAUCAUAUCAGAUUGGUAAAGUUGGACAGUUCACACCGGUCGGUGCAUAUCUUGCUCAAGAUGAAAUCGUUCGUAUCGCUAAGCAGCGUGGUGUCUCUAUGAUUCACCCUGGCUAUGGCUUCCUGUCAGAAAAUGCUGAAUUUGCUCGUAAAGUUGAAGCUGCUGGUAUUACUUUCAUUGGUCCGUCACCUGAAGUGAUUGAAAGUCUAGGUGAUAAGACAAAGGCUAGGACGAUUGCUAUGAACUGUAAGGUUCCCGUUGUGCCGGGUACUCCUGGUCCAGUCAGUGAGUUCAGUGAAGCGAAAGCCUUUAUUCAGGAACACGGAUUCCCUAUCAUUAUCAAAGCUGCUAUGGGCGGUGGCGGGCGUGGUAUGCGUGUGGUUCGUGAUGAUGCUUCAUUAGAAGAUGCUUUUCAUCGAGCUAAGUCUGAAGCUCUUUCUGCUUUCGGUGAUGGUACUGUUUUUAUUGAACGUUUCUUAGAUAAACCUCGUCAUAUUGAAGUUCAACUCUUGGCCGACCGUGCUGGUAACGUAAUUCAUCUCUUCGAACGUGAUUGCUCUGUUCAACGUCGACAUCAGAAAGUUGUGGAAAUUGCCCCAGCAAAGAACCUGGACAAUAAAGUACGUGAAUCUAUUUUGGCUGACGCUAUUAAAAUUGCUAAAGCUGUCAAUUACAAAAAUGCUGGUACAGCUGAAUUCCUGGUCGACAAUGAAAACCGUUACUAUUUUAUCGAAAUUAAUCCUCGUAUUCAAGUGGAACAUACUAUUACGGAGGAGAUUACUGGUAUUGAUAUUGUAGCAGCUCAAAUCCAAAUUGCGGCGGGAGCUCUUUUACCUCAACUGGGAUUGACUCAACAACGUAUUCGCCAACGUGGCUAUGCCAUUCAAUGUCGUGUCACUACUGAAGAUCCCGAAAAGGGCUUUCAGCCGGAUACCGGUAAAAUUGAAGUAUAUCGCUCUUCAGGUGGUAACGGUGUUCGUUUGGAUGGCGGUGCUGGUUAUGCUGGUGGCAUUAUUACGCCCCAUUAUGACUCACUUUUGGUCAAGGUGUCCUGUUCCGGUUCGACGUACGAAGUAGCCCGUCGUAAGAUAGUGCGUGCUCUUGUUGAAUUCAGAAUCCGAGGCGUCAAGACGAAUAUCCCAUUCUUACAACGCUUGUUAACACAUGAUACAUUUAUUAAUGGCAACUGCUGGACCACCUUCAUUGACGAUACACCUGAUUUGUUCAGACUGGUUCAAUCCCAAAAUCGCGCUCAGCGUAUGUUGGGCUAUUUAGGUGAUGUUAUAGUCAAUGGGUCCCAAAUCAAGGGUCAAGUAGGUGAGCCCUCCUUUAAAAGUGAGAUCGAGAUACCUGUACUAUGCGAUAAAGACAACCACAACACUGUCGAUGUGUCAGCCCCUCCAACAGAGGGCUGGCGCAAAAUUAUUGUUGAACAAGGCCCCGACGCAUUUGCUAAGGCUGUACGCGCUUACCCUGGCGUCUUGAUAACAGACACAACUUGGAGAGAUGCUCAUCAAAGUCUAUUGGCAACGCGUGUGAGAACCAUCGAUCUUUUACGUAUUGCUCCGGCUACUUCCCAUGCUCUUGCCAACGCCUUCUCUCUUGAAUGCUGGGGUGGUGCCACCUUUGAUGUCGCUAUGCGUUUCUUAUAUGAGGAUCCUUGGGAUCGUCUUGCUGCGCUUCGUAAACUCGUCCCUAAUAUUCCUUUCCAAAUGCUCCUCCGUGGUGCAAAUGCUGUUGGCUACACCUCCUAUCCCGACAACGUUAUUUACGAAUUCUGCGACAAGGCUGUCAAAUGUGGUAUGGACGUUUUCCGUAUCUUUGACUCUCUCAACUACAUUGAAAAUAUGAGAUUGGGUAUUGAUGCAGUGAAGAAGGCAGGUGGUGUUGUAGAGGCUACCAUCUGUUAUACCGGAGAUGUGUCCAACCCACAUCGCACCAAGUAUAAUUUGGAUUAUUAUGUGCACUUGACAGAAGAAUUGGUAAAUGAAGGCAUUCACAUUUUGGGUAUUAAAGAUAUGGCAGGUCUUUUAAAACCUGAAGCAGCCCGUCGGUUGAUCUCUACUAUACGAGCCAAGUUCCCUGACCUUCCUAUUCAUGUUCACACACAUGACACUGCCGGUACAGGUGUUGCAUCCAUGCUAGCCGCUGCUGCUGCGGGUGCCGAUAUUGUCGACGUAGCUAUUGAUUCAAUGAGUGGUAUGACAUCCCAACCUGCCAUGGGUGCCAUUGUCGCUGGCCUUGAGCAGACAAAUCUCGGUACUGGUAUUCGUUUAGAAGAUAUUCACGCAAUAAACUCGUACUGGGAACAAGCACGUCUUUUAUACUCCUGUUUCGAGGCUAAUGUUCGCUCCGCCGAUUCUGGAGUUUACGAUCAUGAGAUGCCCGGUGGACAGUAUACGAAUCUAAUGUUCCAGGCUCAACAGCUAGGUUUAGGUACACAAUGGGCGCAAAUCAAGAAAGCAUAUGCUGAAGCCAAUAAGCUCUGUGGUGAUCUAGUCAAAGUCACUCCUUCUUCCAAAGUGGUGGGUGAUUUAGCGCAAUUUAUGGUUUCUAAUAGCUUGACUGCCAGUGACGUUGAAGAGCGUGCUUCAUCCUUAUCUUUCCCUACGUCUGUUAUUGAGUUUUUCCAAGGCUAUCUUGGUCAACCCCAUGGUGGUUUCCCCGAACCUCUACGCUCAAACAUUAUCCGUGAUGCUCAGCGCAUUGAUGGUCGCCCAGGAGCGACUAUGCCUCCUUUAGAUUUAGCCAAACUCAAAGAGGAAUUGGUUGCCAAAUACGGGCCAAGCAUUCGGGAUUAUGAUGUUAUUUCUGCAGCUCUCUAUCCCAAGGUCUUUGCUGAGUACCGUGAUAUUAUCAAUCAGUAUGGUGACUUGUCUGUAUUGCCCACUCGUUAUUUCCUAGCCAAGCCUGAAAUUAACGAAGAGUUCCAUGUAGAGAUUGAAGAGGGUAAGACUUUAAUUAUCAAGCUGCUAGCUGUAGGUCCUUUGAACGGUAACGGAAAACGUGAUGUGUACUUUGAGCUGAAUGGCGAAGCCCGCGUGGUGGGUAUUGUCGAUAAAAACUCAGCAGUGGAGACAGUGACGCGUGAAAGAGCCAAUUUAUCUAAUCCUGGUGAUGUUGCUGCUCCUAUGUCGGGUGUUGUUAUAGAGAUUCGUGCCAAAGAAGGCACUCAUGUAAAGGCAGGUGAUCCUCUCGCUGUUUUGUCGGCGAUGAAGAUGGAAACGGUGGUUACUGCACCUGUAGCUGGUAAAAUCGAACGUGUUCCUAUCCAUGAAGGCGAUUCCCUCAAUUCUGGUGAUUUGGUAGCCAGGAUUGUUAAAGAAGCUCAAUAA